CAGAGCACGAAGCAACCGUAGCAGUCGUGGCCGAGUGGUUAAGGCGUCUGACUAGAAAUCAGAUUCCCUCUGGGAGCGUAGGUUCGAGUCCUACCGACUGCGAAAGGUGGUUUAAUUUUUUUUUACUAUCUAACAGAUAUAUAGUCAACAACUAUCGCAUGGAUAUUAAAUAGUCAAUGAUUAUUUAACGUAUUCAUAUUUUUAGAAUAAUUUAGAAGUGUAUUAGGGCGGUACAUAAAUUGCAAUGCGAUAAUACAAGUCUAUUUCGUAAUCGAUAUCGCAAUGCUGAAAAGAUAUUUGUAUUACGAACGCGAUUUCAAUCACGAUUGCGUCAAUAUGUCGUGUUUGCUGUGUCAAUUAUCGACAUUUUUUUUCCAAAUCGAGAUAAUUUAUAUCUAUGUCGAUAACAGUGGAAUAGAAGAUGUAGAAAAUUUCAAGUAAACGGUAAUCAAUCAUAAGUAGACGAAUGAAUUAUAAAGAAGCAAUACGUAUGAGCUUCAAUUAUUCAAAAUAGGACGAUUUGUAGAUACAAGAUUGGAAUAUAUUGCCUGCAAUUAUAGAUAAAAUCAGUAGACAGAUGAUUUAGCAUCGUAUCCCCCGACAUAACACCCCGUGAUGUCCUUACGUAAAGCAAUUUCUCUCGUGCGAUCAAUUUCAUGAUAAUAGAUCAAUAACUUCUCGACCUCGGGCGUAUCACUCGAGUGCACGCGUACCUAGGAGUAAAAGCAUUAUCUAUUCGUUCCCAUUCGACGUGUUUAAUCACGCAAACAAGAAAAUAACAGCGACGAAAAGAUGAAGAUUGCAGGUGCCAUCUCGUAUUUUUUCGCCGUGACGAAUGUCGCUCGUUCAUAUUUUUAUCGAGAAGUUUAUAUUGACCAAGCGAUCCAGGAUAUCUUACAAUCGAUUGGUCGUCAGGAUAUAAUUAUUAGGAUUCAGAGAUACGAUAUCUAUGACGGAGCCCAACGUCUCCUUGACGUCGUCGCCCGGAAUGUGGCAACGACGUGGCCGUCGCAGAUCCUCGGAGGAAGAAUAGGAUUCGGCUUUCAACCAGGAGACUUGGCUUCCUCCCGCACUCUGCUGAUUUACAUUUAUGCGUCGAACGAUGAUGUCAACGACGCGGAACUGCUUGCCAUGCUGAACGACACAAACUUGAUAUCCCAUCCCAAGCACAGGCCGAAGCUCCUGUUAAUAAUCGGCUCGAACACAGGUACGUUGGACGGACGGCGCCAACUCAAGUACCUGUGGGAUCGAAGGCUCUUCGACGUGAUUAUCCUAGAAGUGUCCUUUCACCCGCAAUACUCGGAACCGAUUUUCGUGGCUGUACAUCGCUUCAAUGGAUUCAACGGGGAUUACUCGAGAGUGACCGUAUACGAGGACGAGACCAACUGGUACCCGAACAAGCUACGGGACAUGCACGGCGGUACGUUCAAGGUGAUGUUUAAGGAAGUGCGUCCUUACGGCACUUUGGAAAAUGGCACGGUAGGCGGUCUGGCCAAGCUGUUCAUGAACGCGCUAUCGGACGCCGUAAACGGUACGGUGGUGCACACGAGCGACUUGCAGGAAAGCGACAUGAGGUACAACGCCGAAGGACUCGUGUACGAGAACGAGUACAGCACGCAAUACGAGCACACUGUCGCUAUCGGCGACGACAGGAUCUGCGCGCUGGUUCCGACGAUGCCGGCGGCAAGGGUGCUGGUUGAUUUCUGGCGGAUCAUCAUCACGAUCCUGCUCGGUUUCCUACUGGCGGCGGUGGUGUGGUGCGCCUCGCUGAUCAUGAGCAUCAGCGAGCGAGUUCGCGAUCCUCUGAACACAAUCAGUCUGAUCCUCGGCAUGGCGCCGCUUCACGGACCCCGCAGCCCCGUGGAGAAGGUCCUGUUCGUCGCCGUGGUGAUGACCGUGGCGGAGUACACGAUUAUUUUUCAGGCGGAACUGCUCGAGUUCGUGGUGGAGUUCGCGGUCAGCACGCGCGUGUCCACUUUCCAGGAUCUGUACAAGACGGGGCUGAAAGUGGUGGUCUCGCCAGUUGUGUACGACGAGCUCGCGACUACCGAGGGACUGUCCCCCGAGUUCAUGAAGAGAUUCAUCAGCUCGGCCGAGUUCGCGAUCCAAGAUAAAGACGGCACGGUGGAUACCUCGAAGGCAUAUUUUACCACCGAGAUUGACGGUAAAUUGGCGGAGACUAACAAUAAGUUGAAACGUAAAGGUAGACGGCUCUUCAAGCUAUCCGAUCUGUGCAUUUUAUCGCAUUAUCGCGUGCACAAUCUCAACGUGAGGUCACCUUUCAAAACUGAAGUUGACAACGUGCUGCUAUCUUUAGUGGAGUCUGGAUUUUCCGGGAAGUAUGUCGAUGAUUUCUGGAAAGACGACAAAUCUGGACGCAAGCACGAAAACGGAAUGACUCUUCGCGAUCAUUCCGUGUACGUUGCAUUUUUCGUUAUUAUCGUGGGCCAUAGCGUAUCGUUCAUUGUAUUCCUAGGAGAGGUAAUAGCAGAUCGAGUUUUGAAACGCAAACGUUUCUCUCUUUCUUUCAGUUAUUGCAAAUCGACAAAAGUGUCGAAACAAUCGAAAAUUAACACUAAGAAUACAAAAUAGCAUACAAUUAAUUUUAUAUGAUUUAAUAUAUAACUACUUAAAAUGUUUUGUCAAUUCUUGGGCGUUUUGAAAGGAAUAUAAGAAUGUGCAAACUGCUGCAGUAGAAAAAGUGGAGGUCAGAGCUUCUUAGAAUUCAAUGGCAUGAAAAGGUGAACGCACGACUCAUCUAGGAAGCUUUUCGGAGUUUCGACUUAA